UUAGAAGCUUGGGUUAAGGGUGUGGACUAUUAUUUGGGCUUUCACUUUUCUGACCUAACACCCCUAAAAAAACUGUCCUCUCUCUUCCACAUUUACGCUCCCUUUUUCAUCAUCAAGUACUUGCUGAUAUCAUAUAGGCACCGAAGAUCAGCCAUUUUCCUUUGCUUUUCCCAUGGCCUAAAACUUCUCUGCUUUAUUUCACUUUAACGUGUAUAUAUAACCUCAAAGUCUGUUCCAUUCAACAGUAGUACGCUCAUUGUUUCCGAGUGUAACUACGUUGUGCUGUAAAGAUAUGGGAAAUUGCCAAGCAGCUGAAGCAGCAACCGUGGUUAUUCACCACCCAGGGAACAAGAUCGAGAGGAUUUACCACCCUGUUAGUGUCAAUGAAAUCAUGACCUCAAAUCCAGGGCAUUACAUUGCACUUGUGCUAACCUCGCCCACGUUGAAAACCCAACAUGGGAUGCCUUUGAAGCAACUCAAGCUUUUAAAACCAGAUGACACACUAUUAGUCGGCCAUAUCUAUCGACUCAUUAGCUUUGAAGUAGAUGUUAUGAAAGAGUUUGCGGCAAAGAAGUGCACGAAGCUUGGGAAACUGUUGAAAGAAAGAGGAGGGAUUGGGGUUGGGAUGGAGUUGAAGAGAAAGGAUUUGACCAACGAUUCCGAUCUGAAACCCAAACUGAACCCCAAAUCUGGGAACUGCAGUUCGGUUAUUAAGGUGAAGCAGGAAGUUAACAGACAGGGAAGCAGUGGUGGCAGCAGAAGUAGGUAUACGGGAAGGCAUCAUGGUGGAGGUGGGGGGCAAUGGAGGCCAGCUUUGCAGAGCAUUGCAGAGAUUGGGACUUGAACUCAAAUAGCUUUCAUAUCUCUAUUCCAGGACCAUUGCAGGCUUUCCCCUUUGUCAUUUCUCUCCUCAGUCCCAACUCCCCUACAACCAAUAAAAAGCAAGCAAACAACUAUAUAAAGCCAUAGACAUAACAAUCCAUCCUUUCACUCUUCCCAAUGCCUUCCUAGUAUUUAUGUUUUGAUGUAAAACCUUAUUAAUCACUUAGAACAUCAAUGAAUGUAAUGAACCACUUCCUAUCUCAACAUCGAAACUCAAUAUUUCCAACUUUUUUUUUCCUUUUUUGGGAUCAUUUUAGUUAUGUUAGUAGAAUUUAGAAAAUUGGGAAAACAAUUAUCUAGGUAAGACUUUGGAUCUGAAAGAACUUGAACAACCCAAAUCAUUUUUCACAUUACCUUCAACCCAUUUCAUAUAUUUUUCUUUGCUCUCAAUUUAAGUCUAAGAGUUAUCCAUGAGGGUUCGCUCAACGGAAGUGAAUUGAGUUUUGGGCGAACUUGAUCACUCCUAGCCACCGGGGACUAGGGACUUUUUCUAGAUAAAAGAAAACUCAGGUGUAAGAGUUUAAUAUUACUACGUAACUAGACAGUAUACAAAAAGAAGGAAAGAUACAUUGGGAUUUAGUGGAAGGCCCCCAAAAAGGAAGUGAAGACAAAAUGCAAAUGUGAUGGUCCCGAGCUUUAUUUCAAUGAGGGACUGCAGAAACACCUAACAAAUGGUAGUGGGAUGGGAACAUCCUUCUCCACUUAGAAAGCUUUUAUCUGUUUCAAGUUUAGAAAUAUGGUACAAUGUGGUUUUGUUUUGUUAUUAUGGUUUGAAACUUUGAAUCGUUGAUCAAACAUCACAUUUACUUUUCCCCUUGUUUUGGGUACAUUCUGUCUCCUUUAAUGGAUUCAUCUUUUAGGACAUGUUUUCUGUACACCAAA